GUGCCCUAGGCUAUUACCAACACUGCCUAUCGGGGAAUACGAGUUUGUUAUUCAUUCAGUAAAAUUGGUAGAAAAGUACAUUAAAAGAGGGUAUAAGAUGUCAAAGGUGACUGUGCAAGACAUAGAAGCGGUGGAUGACUACUGGGGACCCACAUUCCGUUCGAUUCUAGAAGGAAACAACACUAAGCAGAUUGGGGAGCAGCUGGAGCAGCGAAUUCGCAGUCAUGACAAGGAGAUCGAGCGGAUAUGCAACCUGUACUACCAGGGUUUUAUUGACUCCAUCAAGGAGCUGCUGGAUGUACGCAGCCAAGCGAAGCAACUGAACACCGAGGUGCAUAAGUUAGACACCUCACUCCGCGAAAUUAGUGCCUCCCUGAUCCAGCAGGGUAAUGAUUUGGUGCGGGCCCGCCAAAUAGAAUCCAACUUGGCCAGCGCCAUUGAGGCACUUAAGUCCUGUCUGCCUGCUUUGGAGUGCUACAUAAAGUUCACGCAGCAGGCCAAGAAUAAGCAAUACUACCAGGCGCUGAGGACUCUGGAAACCUUGGAGACGGAGCAUUUGACGCGGUUAAAGACACAUAACUACCGCUUUGCCACUCAGAUGCAGAUACAGAUACCUAUCAUCAAAGAGAACAUUCGUCGCUCCUCAGCUUUGGAUUUUCGGGAGUUUCUGGAGAACAUCAGAAAGUUCUCGCCACGCAUCGGCGAACUGGCCAUUACGCACACCAAGCAGCUCCAAAAACGGGACAUCAACGCCAUCAUUGCCGAGCACGUGCAACAGGUUAACGGAGGAGAUGAUGAUGGCGCCAAUGUCAGCGCCCAGGACCUUAUAGACUUCUCGCCCAUCUACCGCUGCCUACACAUCUACAUGGUGCUGGGGCAGCGCGAGUACUUUGAAAAGGACUACCGCCAGCAACGUCGGGAUCAGGCCAAACUGGUGCUUCAGCCGCCGCCCAAUAUGCACGACAAUUUGGAGGCAUACAAGACCUAUAUUUGCGCCAUCGUUGGCUUCUUUGUGGUAGAGGAUCACGUGAAGAACACGGCGGGUGAUGUUGUGACCAACAGUUAUCUGGAGGAUCUGUGGUCGACCUCACUGACCAAGUUUGUCAACGAGAUCAGCAUGAGUUCUUCAUCCUGCACCGAUCCCAAUAUUCUGCUGCGCAUCAAGAACCUGAUUAUGCUGUCUAUCAACACUUUCAAGUGCUACGGAUACACAGUCAGCAUUCUCUGGGAAUUGCUGCACAACAUGCGGGAUCAUUAUAAUGAGGUUUUAUUGCAACGCUGGGUACAUGUUUUCCGGGAAAUCCUCGAUAAGGAGCAGUUCCUGCCUAUGGUUGUGCAGAACGUAGAGGAGUACGAAGGCAUUAUAGAGCGGUUUCCGUUUCACUCGGACCAGCUGGAGAACGCUCCGUUUCCCAAGAAGUUCCCCUUUUCGCGCAUGGUGCCCGAGGUCUAUCACCAGGCCAAGGAGUUCAUGUACGCCUGCAUGAAGUUCGCCGAGGAGUUGACCCUUUCUCCCAACGAGGUGGCUGCCAUGGUACGCAAGGCGGCAAACCUGCUGCUCACAAGGAGCUUCAGCGGCUGCCUUUCGGUGGUGUUUCGCCAGCCGAGUAUUACGCUGUCUCAGCUCAUUCAAAUCAUUAUCGACACGCAGUACUUGGAGAAGGCUGGCCCGUUUUUGGACGAGUUUGUCUGUCACAUGACCAACACGGAGAGGAGUGUGUCACAGACACCAUCGGCCAUGUUCCAUGUGGCCCGGCAGGAUGCGGAAAAGCAGGUGGGGUUGCGCAUCUGUUCCAAGAUCGACGAGUUCUUCGAGCUAAGCGCUUAUGACUGGCUGCUCGUGGAGCCGCCGGGCAUUGCCUCCGCCUAUAUUACGGACAUGAUCUCAUACCUAAAGAGCACCUUCGACAACUUCGCCUUCAAGCUGCCCCACAUCGCCCAGGCGGCUUGCCGACGCACCUUUGAGCACAUUGCGGAGAAGAUCUACUCAAUCAUGUAUGACGAGGAUGUGAAACAGAUUUCCACCGGGGCGCUUACACAAAUAAACCUUGAUCUGAUGCAGUGCGAGUUCUUUGCGGCUUCGGAACCAGUUCCUGGUCUGAAGGAAGGGGAGCUGAGCAAGUACUUUCUGCGUAACCGACAACUGCUGGACCUGCUCAUCCUGGAGGAGUGGAGCACGUAUUUCCACGACUAUGGCAAGCAGGAGAACCGCUACCAUCUGGUGCAACCGCAGUCCAUCAUUGUGAUACUAGAGAAGAUCCGCGAGGCGGAUAAGAAGCCAAUUUUCUCGCUGGUGAGAAAAAACGACAAGAAAAAGUUGCUGGAAACGGUGCUAAAACAGCUGAAGCACAUCGCCGAUAGACAGAGCUAGGAUACAAAAGCUGUUGGUUAGUUAGAGCUUUGAGCAAAUAAUUAUUAUUAUUCCAACAUUUAAUAAUCUGCUGGAAUGAAUGAUUUUUCAAACUCUAAUUCUAAUUGUAUAAUCCUUCACUUUAUAGCUUUUCAUCGUUAUUAUUUAGGCUAAAUUGAAUUUCACAUGAUAAAAGUAUUUAGUUCUCAUUUACUUUUGAUUCGAUUUGUUUUUAUAAAAGACAAAUUUCAAUUGAAACUGCUCGACCCGUUGAACGUGUAAAAUUGUAUUUUGAAUUUUGAUUCGUAUGUACAAAAAGCGCAGAACUUUUGUGGUUGCCUACGUACAGAUUGUUGAUAAAUGCAAAACGAAAACGAUACAAAAAGAAAACAAAUGGAGAGGAACGGCUAAAUAACAAAUUGUAUAUAAUUAUUAGAUGUAUGUAGCGUACGUGUAUUGUGUAGGUAUAUUCCGCAAAUCGUAAUAAACUAACUUCUAAGUUACGUA